CCUCCUUUGAGGGGUCGAAAACGAUGUUCUGGAGGUUCGGAUUCCACAAUGCAAGCGCGAUCGACAGCCUGCUGGACAAGGACGAUGUCUCUCUCGAAGCGAUCCUCGACGAGGACGACCUCCUGCAGGAGUGCAAGAGCCAGAACACGCGCCUGAUGGACUACUUUCAGCGGGAAGACGUGCUGCAGCGGCUGUUUGCGUACGUGUCGGGCCAGAUGGGCGGCGAGGAGGACAAGGGGCGGUUCAAGUACCCGUAUGUCGCGACGGAGGUGCUCUGCAGCGAGAUAUGGUCCAUCGUUGAGACGUGCGUCCGCUCGUCUGACCAUCUCCUCACGCCCUUCUGGGAGACUGUCCUCGACCGCCCGCCCGACGAGAUGAAGGGCGAGCUCACUAUGGCCUCCCACUUUGCCAAGAUCAACUCUGUGUUCCUCUCUAAGAAGCCUGUUGAGAUGCUUCAAUUUAUUCAAUCGCAACCGGACGUCGUCGCCCGCCUACUCCGCCACGUCGAGUCCCCAGCCAUCGUCGACCUCAUCGUACGCAUCAUCCAGUUAGACGAACAGCCCGCGGGCUCUGGCGUACUCGAGUGGCUCUCAUCGCAAGACCUCACCGGCAAACUCAUCGUGCUCCUCUCGCCCGCGCACACGACGGACAUGCACGUCAUCGUCUCCGAGCUCGUCAAGGGCAUCGUCUCCAUGGCCGCACCCUCCCCCGCCGCGGGCCUCACCGACGGCCUCCAAAACGGCCCCGCCUCAAACCGCUUCGCGCGCGAGCUCGCGAGCCGCGCGAGCAUAUCUCGCCUCGUGGACUACAUCCUCUGCGACUUCCCGCCGCCGCGCCCCGACUCCGAGGCGUCCGAGGACGAUGACAUGGACGGCGACGACGACGAAGGGGCUGCGCUUCCGGACCGCCAGUCGUGCGCAUCGUCGGUGACGCAUGCGAUCUCGAUCAUCAUCGAGCUGAUACGGAAGAACAACUCGGACUACUUUGAGCCGUACCUGUUCCACACGCUGCGCAAUAGGCUUAUCCAGGUGCAGCAGCAGCUCGCGGGCGCGGAGAACGCGCGCGAGACGCUCGAGGCGGCGAUGCGCGAGAUGGUGGACAGGAUGGGCGUCGUGCAUCUCGGGCCUGUGUUGGAGAUCAUGUGCGAGCGGCUGGAGACGUUUCAGGGGUUUUUGAGGGUGCCGAGGUCGAUGGGCGACCCGGUCCCUACCACCGUCGGCUUCCUGAUCCCGCUUACGCUCGAACGCUACCGGAUAUGUGAGCUCUACGCCGAGCUCCUGCACUGCUCCAACAUGUCGCUACUCAACCGCGCGCCGGAGUACAGCCACCUAUACGACGCCGACGGGCGCCUGCAGGGCGGCCUCGGCGCGCUCGAGCAGCUCGCGCGCGUCAUUGCGAUCGGGUCGGGCGAUGAUCCCGAUCGGGAUAACGGUGCGGCCGCGGGCGGCGCGGGCAGGAGCGGGGGUAUGGGCGAGGACGACAUUGAGCCGGCGUUGGAGCUGCCUGUGACGAAUGCGUCGAGGGAGGCGUCGUUGUUGGAUUCGGACGAUGAAGAUGAAGACGACGAUGAGGAUGAGGAUAUGGCUGCGAUGAGCGCGGAGGGGUCGGACGAUGAGGCGAUGGAGGAGAUUGCGAUGUUUGAUAAGGAGGAGGAGGAGGAGGGGGAGCGCAAAAGUGGAGGGUUCCCGGUGACGAAGAUGGAUCCGAAUGAGGCGUCGAUGGUUGUUGCAUCUCCAGAGCCGAUCGAGGACGCGGGUGAUGGUACACCACCCACGGGUAUUCCAUCGUCGCCGAGCGCUGUCAGACAGCCGUCGCCUCUUGAGCUCGCGGUGCAGGGAGCGGGAAUACUGUCCCCAGGGAGCCCUAUCACGCGCCCAACGUCUGCGCAUUCGAAGCGGAGCUCGCGCAGGAUAAGCCUCAUCGGGCAGCCUAUAUCGACGGAGAAGCCUGUCGGGGAGCGGCUGAAGCAGCGCUUCUUGGACACUGGCGUGCUCGUUACUCUCCUGGACCUCUUCUUCGACUUCCCGUGGAACAACUUUCUGCACAGUGCUGUGUAUGACUUUAUACACCAGAUACUCACUGGAAAGGUCGACGCGGGCACAAACCGCGAGCUCAACGUCUCGCUGUUCCGCGAUGCACGGCUUAUGCACCGGAUAGUGGAAGGACAGAAGCAGAACGACAUCGCCAGCUCAAAACCAAAAGGCGUCCGCCUGGGCUACAUGGGCCACCUCACGCUCAUCUCCGAGGACGUCAUCACCGCGCUGGAGCACUACCCGCCCGACCUCCGCCUGCUCGUCGCGCAGUACGCGCCGCAGCCCGCGUGGGACGAGUACGUGACGGGCCGGUACGACGAGGCGAAGAGGCGCGAUACGAGUCUGCUCGGCGGCGGGAAGCCCGUCGCGGGCGCCGCGCCUGCCGGGUUGGGCGGUGCUGCCGGCGGUGGUGUGCCGGCGGCGAAGGCGGGGGGCCCCAGGUGGAAGAUCGACGAGGAGGAUCAGGGCGUGGAUGCUGUUGCGAAGGGCUCUCCGGGAGGGAGUCCGGGUGGGCCGAUGAAGGGUGAGUUGAAGAGGAGUGGUGGCGGGAGUGCGCCGAGGAAUACGGCGGAUUUUGGCCCGCCGGAGCCGGAGGAGCAUGAGGACGACGGGUCUGCGCCGCCUCAGUUUGCUCGUUACCUCGCGCAGGAGAUGAACGCGUCGGAGUCUUCGGACGAGGAGGACGAGGAGGACGGCGGCUGGUUGGCACAUUCGCGGUUCGACCUUGGCAAGCCGCCACCUCGACGUCAGCACACGCGGCAGGCGACUUCUGGCAACACGGGUUUCGACGAUGCAUUUGAGAUGACGGCGGCGCUUGGGCAGGCGGCGCCGACGCCGAUUGUGACGGGUCCGACUGGGGCUGCUUUCAGCUCAACAGGAUCGCUACGAGAAGCAUUGUCGGACGAUCCGUUUGGUGUCAACGUGCCUGCUGAUGAUGACGACGCCUUCGGACCGUUUGCAGAUCCAGCCCGCACCAAUCCCAGCUCCUCUGCCGACCCCUUCUCAAUAUUCUCCUCACCCUCUGCCAGCUUUGGUGAAGAUGACUUCGACUUUGGCGACUUCCAGGCAGCCGACUCCUCCGGCGAAUCGUCUGGUGAAUUCGGCGAGUUUUCGAGUCCGCGCACGGAGCACAACGAGCACAGCGACGACGGAGACGGAGAUCUGACGCCAACGGGCAGCUGGACAUUCGCAAGCGAGCUGUCGUCGGAGGACGACGAGUUCGGCAGUCGCGGUUUGGAGACGAUUUCGCUGGAUGACCAUCCGUCAUCGGACGUGCAGGCGCAGGCUCGAUCGUCGUCGGGAUCGCAGCACACAUCGGGACAUUCUAGAAAUUCGGGGAUGUUUGAGAGCGGGUGGUGAGCUUGGUCAUCGAGAUUCGAUAUCACUAGAGUGGUGAGGCGAUGCCGUGGUGGUCUUCGCUCGAUACAGUGUACAUACGUAGCUUUAGCUUACAUUUUUCUUCCUUCGUAGCCUUAAUCGUGCAUUCUG